CGGGUCGUCCAAUAAUUGAUCAUUACACACACUACGCGUCUGUUUAAUACACCACGAAAAUUGAUUUAUACUCGGGAAAUUAGAAUGACAAUACAAUAGGCGUCAUCUUAUAUCUCGAUCUCUAGCAGAACUAUCGGAUCUAUGCUGUGUGUCUCUGCAUAUGUAUACAAGUGCUCUUCGUGUCAGCUGUUUAGUCACCAAAGAGAAAGCCCCGCUGGUUAGCUUGAUGUUAACAUUAUUCCACAACGUCAUCGCUGGUGCGUGAAUCGUUGUGACCUAGAAUCGGUGUGGGGACGGUCGCACGAGACGAUCGAGACGACUUAAUCAACAGGAAAGAGGAAAGACCCUACAUCAAAAUGACCGGAGAGAAGGAGUCUUUAAUCUUGUUAUUAGGCCUCUGCUUUACAAGCCUGGUGCUGUGCCAAGAAGGUAGUAAUGGAACUUCAACAACAGUGACUUCGACAGCGCCUUCACCCACGAGCACCACCACGACUCCGACUCCCACCCCGACUACUAGCAGAAGCCCCCAGACGUCUACCUCCACGCCGCAAGAAACUACAACCGCCAAACCGUCUACAACCGCCAAACCGUUCAAUGGAUUCUACGAACUGAAAUGGCCAAAUGAUACCGUAUGUGUGAGAGCCACCAUGACAGCAGUUUUCGCCAUUACUUACAAGGCAAAGGAGCAGACGACGAUGCAGAACGCCACAGUAACUGUGCCUAAAAGUAGCAAGGUAGGCGGAGAAUGCUCAGAGACCAGGGCUACGAUGACUUUAUCAUGGGAGAAAGGAUAUCAGUUCAACCUUUCGUUUGAAGUAAAGACGUCAGCGGAUUCCGAAAAGUCUUGGGCCUUGACUUCUAUGGCACUUACGUACGACCCCAGUGUGGUUACAAAUAGCUCGACUAGUACCCCAACGACCGUUCAGCUGAUGAACACGAGUAUCACCUCCAGUUUUGGACAGCCAUAUUCCUGUAAAAGUAACCUGGAGUUCGUAUUCAAGGCGGCACAACCUGUAAAUCUUCAAUUAUCUGAACUGACUGUCCAAGCUUUUCAAGUUCCUGAAAAGGAUUUUGGACCAGAUGGUACCGUUUGUGUCGCUGAUGUGUCAGAAAAUAAGAAAAUGUCAGAAAACAACGUUAUACCUGUAGCCGUGGCUGGGACGCUAGCGGCGCUUAUAUUGAUCAUCAUUGUCGCUUAUUUCGUCAUGAAGGCCAGGAACAACAACCAGUAUAAACCUAUGGAGUAAAACUGAAGUGCUGAACAUUAUGUUUUUGAAUUUUUAAUCCAUCAGUGCAAUGAUUUAUGUCAAAAGGUGGCGCUCAACUUGUUAAAUUGAGGUCAAUAUAUUUCUUUCCAUUUUAAAGUUUAGAGGUGGCGCGCAACUUGCUGAAUUGAGCUCAAUGUUUUCUUUCCAUUUUUAAAGUUUUUUUAUGUAGUUCUUUCAUUAUUAAACGCCGAACUGUUCAAACGCUGAUGACUACGAUAGUAAAAAUAUAUUGAUUGGAUAUUUCAAGUGCAUACAAGCACAGCAACAAUUCGUAGUCUUGGCUCCAAUGCUUGGUUACAAAAAGUAUCCUGGCUGUUAUAGAUCGAGUCUUCUAUCCCCUGUAAACUCAGGGUGAUACUGAAUCGAAUAUUUUUACGGAAAUUGAUGUAAAGAGUAAUAGCAGUUUUUUUUUCUAACGAAAUAUAAAUUGUUGAAUCAGAUAAAAGAAGUCAGUAGUUGUUUGCAGCAUGAAUAAGAAAACGAUUUAAACUUUUGGGGUGGUAUUUUUAUAUGACCGUUUUAGCUUGCAACGUUUUACGGCUACUGAGGUACAAUAGCCAAACUUGGUGUGUACUUGUGUGUACUUCGAGAUCUGGAAAAUUAAAGAGUCCAUAAAGCCGUAAGUUCAGUAGAUGAGGGUAUUCUACACAAGUAAUCAAUGGUUCAUAUAUUAUUUAUGCUAACGUCGAGGUCAGGCGGCGCGUUUGCGUAAUUACUAAUGCCACGCAUUAUUCUUUUGAAAUAGAUCUGAUGUUGAUAGCUUUUGUCUGGUUGUGAUAAACGAUUAAUGUUAUUGAUAUUUUACAUUCAUCCAGUCUUUUUAUCACAUCUUUCAACACUAACCACCUUUUACAACUGUAGCAUAGAUUUCUAUCGAUUCUGAAAUUCAACACCAACAUUGCUUUAUUUGUUAACUUCGUUGGGCACACCUGGAUGAUUACAAGUUUUGAAUAAUAGAAGACUUAUUGUUUGGUUGGUUGCACAGGUCAUAUUUUGGAAAUAAUCGACGCCCUACUAUUAGUAUUGUCAAGAUACACGAUAAAUUUAAUAUAAUAUUAUUUUCAUGACCUACAAGUUUCCAAGUCAAAAUUAGCCUAGAAAAGAAUAAAAACAAACGAGAUGAUCUGCAAUAUUAUCUGUAUUUGUAAAAGAUCUGUAAAUACAAUAUAGAUGUAAUAAAAUAUCAAGCAUU